CUCUGGCCGUGUUGAGGUAGGUGCUUUACUAAAAUGGCGGCAGCGGCUUUAGUAGCAACUUCCUCGGGCAAAGAUGCUUUAGCCGAGGGGUUGCUCGACCUCCUGAGACCAGCUAUUCAACAGCUCGACUUGCAUGUACACUCAGUCAGAGAAAGCCAAGUAGAAUUAAGAGAACAUAUAGACAAUCUGGCCACAGAAUUAUGCCGGAUAAAUGAACAUCAGAAGGUGGCUCUAGACCUGGACCCUUAUGUAAAGAAGCUGCUGAAUGCAAGGCGAAGAGUAGUGCUAGUAAACAACAUACUGCAGAAUGCUCAGGAACGUCUGAGGCGACUCAACCACAAUGUGGCCAAAGAGACAGCACGAAGAAAGACCAUGCUGGAGGCUUCAGGAGUGUUCAGCUCCCGCUCCCCCAGUAAACCCUGAGCGACCUCCUCCUGCUCGGUCAACUGUCCUGACCAGGAGGGACACAUCAGUACUGGAAACUGUAACACAAGGACCCCAAGUCUAGUUAGCUGUUUGUCUAAUGACAUGCUGAUGUCCUGCACUGCUUUAGCUGAUAUUGUCAUAAUAAAAAUCCUGGCUGCUAUCUGUUUGUUAGGCAGCUGCAAAAUGGCAAAAUACGACAGAAUCGGCUCUACAGUAACACCAGAUCAUACAUUGAUUCUACAAAUAAGAUAAAUACUUGUACGCAUGAGCAAAAUGUUAAAAAAAAAAAAAAAGGACUGCAACUGUAAUGUCACCUCACCAUGCAGGAUAGAUGAAGCCAUUUAGCCUGAGCCAUCUUGUGGCCCAAAAUAACAGAUCCUUGCUCUUUAAAAUGUCAGUCCGUUAUCUUGCCUACUACUCUCUGGCUGUGGGAGAUGGCUGUUCACUAAUGUGAUUUGAAUAGCUCUCUAUGAAUUGAAAGGUAAAGGCUCUGUUACUCAGGCAGUUAGCAUCCGACUUAAAACGGGUUAAACUCAACUGGCACUGGCAGGGGUUUAGAACACCUGAUUGCGAAAAAUGUCAAAAUGAACACCACAACAAUGACAACAUCAUGCCCACUCAUGUGUGUAUUAAGAUAGCUAUAAUACAUACAUGAGUGCAUAGGAGUAGGCAGGUCUGAUGGCCAACCAACAUGCACUGGGGCGGGGCAAUGGGAUUGUUAUUUAAUUGGCGUUGCUGCCUAUUGGGAUCUGCAAUGUUUUCACUCUUGUUUCACUCUAGUAUUAGUCAACACAUGUAAAAGCAAAUACACUGUGAAGUAGUAAGUAGUAUUGAGAUUCUCAGCCUUGAUUUGAUGACCCAAUGCAACAUUGAUGAUGAAUUUAGUCCCGCCUGUGAAUCUCUGAGAAACCGAUUCAAAGUUUUUUCCAGUCUGAAAACCUUAUCUUGUCAGAACAUAUCUGCUUGCACUUGUGAUAAUAUUAUUAAGUAAUGUUAUAAAUAUUUCAAUCAAGUGUAAAUCUUUUUGUAGCACAUUUGCACCUGUGUUUCCUUUCAAUCUACUGCAGUAUCACUAUUCUGUCAAACAUACAGUACAGUACUAGCUUACACUAAAACUAAAGCGGGAACUGGUCUGACAAUACAUAUACGAUAACUUGUUUCUGUGACUUCUACAUUACUUGCAAAGUGAGCGCUCGUCCUUCAGUCUCCGGUCUUGUGCGUUAUUUAACAACUGGUCGGUUUGUUUGUCAGAUAAUCAGUAAGCCUGUUUCUGGCAUCAGAAUAUAGGAAUAAGUGACACAUUCAAUUGUAAUUACACAGUUCUAUAAGUUUGACACUUCAAAAGAACAUAAAUAGUAAAAUAUUUGGAAUGUUAGACAUUAUUAAAAUGAGGUGUAUACAUUUAAAGUACUUUAAAUAGGCAAAGAAAAGAAUUUGUGUUUUUUAAAACAGUAAAAUAUUGUUAAAUCAGAUUCUGAACUUUUUUGUUGAUAAAAUACAAAUUGUAUAGAUUUAUAAGUUGUAAGUUGCUCAGAAACCAGUCAGGAGAACAGUGUUUUAAUUUAGAUUUGGAAAUGGUUAAGGUUAUGGCCCAAUCACCAGUGUAGCAUUGUAGCUAAUCGAGGUUCUACCAGUAGACUGCUACCUAAUGAUCUAAGGGAACAGACAUGUAUUAUGGCCUACUGGACAUAAAGCAAUGUUUGGGUGUGGCUAUACAGUGAGUGAUAAUUCUUGUGUUUGAGAUGAUAAAAUGCUGAUUUAGUUAUUGCCCUAAUGUGGCUGCUGAAGCUCAGAUCUGAGUCUAAUUAAACUGUAACUAACUUG